GAGAAAUCGGUCCGCUACUCACGACAUCGGCCAGGUUCUCGUUCAUUUUUUCGAAGGGAGGUCGAAUAGUAGGUCAAAAUGGUUGCCCCUUUGGUCAAGCGCCCCAUCAUCAAGAAGCGCACAAAGAAGUUCAAGCGCCAUCAAUCUGACCGUUACAAGAAGAUUGACGAAUCAUGGAGGAAGCCCAAGGGUAUUGAUAACCGUGUGCGUAGGAGGUUCAAGGGCCAGAUUCCCAUGCCCAAGAUUGGAUAUGGUUCCAACUCCAAGACCCGCCAUCUCCUCCCCAACGGCUUCAAGAAGUUCCUUGUCAACAACGUGAACGACCUUGAGCUCCUCCUCAUGCACAACCGUGUCUACGCAGCUGAGAUUGCCCACAACGUCUCUGCAAAGAAGCGGGUUGCUAUCGUCGAGCGCGCCGCUCAGUUGAACGUAAAGGUCACCAACGCCGCUGGUCGUCUGCGCACUGCUGAGAACGAAUAAAUGUCUCGCAAUGUGUAAUAUAUGCUUUUCUUUUUACUACUUAUUUGCGGUCUGAUGAUUUUUGUGCUGAGUGGGGGUUUUCCCGUGUCCUCUAUGGCGGGCAAAACGGUGUAUGGGUUUUCAAUUGGUGCUAUUACGUUCCAUUCUUAAGAGUUCAAAUGGACACCAACUUAUGCAUCGGGCGCACAAAGAGAUUUACGUUUGCAUUGCUUUCAUCGGUGAUUAUCGUCUGUGUUAGUGCGCGCACAUCUGAUACUUGGCCGACUGUGAAUAUCAGUCUCUCUGUGGACGAUCCAACUCAUGGCUUGGA